UCUGUUCUGCAGGAUGGCAAUGAGGUUUUCUUCCGCAUCAAGAGAUCGACACAGCUGAAGAAGCUGAUGAACGCCUACUGCGACCGUCAGUCUGUGGAUCUCAACUCCAUUGCUUUCCUUUUCGAUGGUCGUAGGCUCCGUGGUGAGCAGACCCCUGAUGAGCUGGAGAUGGAGGAAGGCGACGAGAUCGACGCCAUGCUUCACCAGACCGGAGGGUGCUUUCCUCGCCCUUAGAAGGAGCUUGCUUGCAGCCUGGCUGUUCUAUGUCGUAUGCUACCUUUAGAACUAGAGUAAAAUGUAAGAAGUGAAAGAACUUGUGAGGCUAUGGUUCUGUGCCAUAACCUGAGGGGGUCUGGAGGUGAAAGAACAUCGGAGUACUGUUGAUGUCGUGACUGAACUAUCAUCCAUUGCCUAAUAUAUCAUGCCUUGUUGUGUUCCUA